UGUUCUGCUCUUUCUGCCUCAGCCUGCCUCCGCUCGCACUGCUCCGGCAGCCUGUGGACCUCACUGCUGUCCCCCGCCUCACUCUCACCCAGCAGGACAGAAAGCUCGGGCUGGGGAGAUGAUCAGGAGUGCAGAGGGCUGCAGGAGGAGCUCAGGCUCUCACACACUCAACAUCAGCUGCACUUUCACUCCAGUUCGGUCAGGAGGACACUGAGCACCGAGUUUAUUCUGCGAUUAAGCCACUAAAGUUUGGAAACACACACACACACACACCUGCUCCGGACUAAACAUGAAGGACAACCAGGACUGAAUAUCAGGACCUCAGGUGCUGAAGAUGGAACGUGCGUUGGUGGGAUCGCUUUGGCUGCCGCUUUUGGUUCUGCUCAGUGAAGUGUCUUUAGGAGUCGUGGAACUGGAGAUGGUUCCUCAGCAAGAAGGAUCACCAGCUCUUAAGAACAUCACCCUGGCUGUUAUCUUACCCCACCAUAACACAGAAUACCCAUGGGCAUUGCCUCGAGUGGGUCCUGCUCUAAACUGGGCUGUGGAGAAGGUCAACUCGGACCCCACGCUGCUUCCAGGUCACCACAUGCGUCUCGUCUUCAGCAACAGCGAGAACAACAAGGGUGUGUGUUCUGACUCGGUGGCACCCCUCGUAGCUGUAGACCUGAAGUUUGCUCAUGACCCAUGGGCUUUCAUUGGGCCUGGCUGUGACUACGCAUCGUCACCUGUCGCCCGCUUCACCACACACUGGGAGGUGCCCAUGGUGACGGCUGGCGCGCCAGCGUUGGGAUUUAACUUGUAUUCUUCCAUCACAAACACGGGACCAACACAUGAGAAAUUGGGUGAGUUCAUGGUCAAGAUGCACAGAGGCUUCGGCUGGCAAAAGUACGCCAUGUUCUUGUUCAACGACCAGAAGAAUGACGACCGACCGUGCUACUUCGCCUCAGAGGGACCGUAUACGGAGAUGAGAGACGAGAACAUCACAGCUGAGCACAUUGUGUUUAACGAGGAUGAGUCUGUUUCCUACACUGAGCUCAUUAAGGAUAUUAGCCAGCAAGCACGCGUGGUGUACGUUUGCUGUAAGCUCCAUACGUUCAGGAAGCUGAUGGUGCAGUUCAGGAAGCAGCGACUUCCCCAGGAGGAAUACGUCUUUUUCUUCAUUGAUCUGUUCGGAGAGAGUGUGCAGAGACUGCCGGCUAAGCCGUGGGCUCACGGAGACGCAGACGAUCACAUUGCCAAGGAAGCUUUUAAAAUUGUAAAGAUUUUGACCUACAGAGAGCCCCAGAAUGAAGAAUAUCAAAAGUUUGUGUCCAAGUUGAAGACAGAUGCCAAGAAAAUCUACAACUUCAGCAUUGGCGACUCACUGAUGAACCUGAUAGCCGGAGGCUUCCAUGAUGGAGUGCUGCUCUACUCUCAUGCCUUGAACGAGACGAUGAACCAGUCAGGAGAGAAGCCUCCGGGUGACAUGGUCACCAAGAGGAUGUGGAACCGUACUUUCCAUGGUGUCACAGGACUGGUGGAGAUGGAUGAGAAGGGCAACCGAGAAAUCGAUUUUGCUCUCUGGGACAUGGAUGACACAGACUCCGGAGUUUAUCAGAUCGUGUCAGUGUAUAACAGCAGUCUGAAGCAGAUGAUUCCUGAGCCGGGGAUGAAGGUGCACUGGCUGAAAGGUGUUCCUCCUCCUGACAUCCCACCAUGUGGCUUUAAAUACGACAAUCCUUCCUGCCUGGCUAGAACGGUCACCAUGCACCAGAUGAUCUCAAUAGUGGUGUGCUUCAUCUUCAUCAUCAUCGUCACUGUCACGGUCUUCAUUUACAGAAAGGUGAAGUUGGAGAAUGAGUUAGCGGCACAGCUGUGGAGGGUGCACUGGGAGGACAUUCAGCUUAAUAACCUGGAGAAGACAUUGCGUAGGACAUACAGCAGAUUGACACUAUCACUGAGGGGCUCUAAUUAUGGCUCGCUACUCACCAUGGAGGGAAAUGUUCAGAUUUAUGCCAAGACCUGUUACUACAAGGGAAACAUAACAGCCAUUAAGUAUAUCAACAAAAAGCGCAUCGAGCUCACCAGGAAGGUGUUGUUUGAACUCAAACAUAUGCGUGAUGUUCAGAAUGAACAUAUGACCAGAUUUAUUGGAGCCUGCAUCGACGCUCCAAACAUCUGCAUCCUCACUGAGUACUGCCCUAGGGGCAGCUUACAGGACCUCAUGGAGAUUGAGAGUAUUACACUGGACUGGAUGUUCCGAUAUUCUCUGAUCACUGACAUUGUCAAAGGAAUGUCAUUCCUCCAUAACAGUGUGAUCGGCUUCCAUGGCAACCUGAAGUCCUCCAACUGCGUGGUGGACAGCCGCUUCGUGCUGAAGAUCACAGACUAUGGGCUGGUCAGCUUCCGCAAUGAGACCAGCUCCGAGGACACGCACGCUUACUACGCACGUAAGCUGUGGACAGCUCCAGAGCUGCUGCGUGUAGACAGCAGACGAGUUUGCGGCACUCAGAAGGGAGACGUGUACAGUUUUGGCAUUAUCCUGCAGGAACUGGCUUUCCUCAAGGGAGUUUUCUACCUGGAAGGCCCACCACUCACUCCUAAACAGAUUGUAGAGCGUGUGAAAGACGGACGAUGGCCGUACCUGCGCCCCCUGCUGUGCGCGCAGAGCCAUAGUGAAGAGCUGUGUCAGCUGAUGCAACGCUGCUGGGCAGAAGAACCCAAUGACAGGCCUGAUUUUAACCAGAUCAAAGUGAUGCUACGCAAACACAACAGGGGCUAUGGUUCCAACAUCCUGGAUAAUCUGCUCUCACGCAUGGAGCAGUACGCCAAUAACCUGGAGGAGCUGGUGGAAGAGAGGACCCAGGCGUAUCACGAGGAGAAACGCAAAGCUGAAGCACUACUUUAUCAGAUUCUGCCUCACUCGGUAGCGGAGCAGCUGAAAAGAGGCGAGACGGUGCAAGCUGAAGCCUUCGACUCCGUCACUAUUUACUUCAGUGAUAUAGUGGGCUUCACGGCUCUGUCUGCCGAGAGCACACCUAUGCAGGUGGUGACUUUACUGAAUGAUCUGUACACAUGCUUCGACGCCAUCAUUGACAACUUUGACGUUUACAAGGUGGAGACCAUUGGUGAUGCAUACAUGGUCGUAUCAGGACUUCCUGUGAGGAACGGGAAGCUGCAUGCACGGGAAAUCGCCCGUAUGUCUUUGGCCCUCCUCAAAGCCGUGCACACAUUCAGGAUCCGCCAUCGACCUGAUCAGCAGCUCCGCCUGCGCAUCGGCAUUCACACCGGUCCUGUGUGUGCUGGGGUUGUUGGACUGAAGAUGCCGAGGUAUUGUUUGUUUGGUGACACGGUUAACACAGCUUCACGCAUGGAGUCAAAUGGAGAGGCACUAAAAAUCCAUGUAUCCGAGGCGACGCGAACAGUGCUGCAAGAGUUCAACUGCUUCCAGCUGGAGCUGAGAGGAGACGUGGAAAUGAAGGGCAAAGGAAGGAUGAGAACCUACUGGCUCCUGGGAGAGAGCAUGGCCGAGCAGAAUGCCUGAGCAGCACACAGGAGGAACCACGAGUGGAGAAAGAUAUACGAUCAUGUAGCAGAAAUGUUUAGAGGCACGAACGGCCUUGAUGACAACGAGAGAGAGAGAGAGAGGACCAUGGUGACGGAGCUGCAUAGGUUUGAUGUCCCAGAAAUUCCUUUUCAGGCUGGAUUUGGGGUAAACAAAUUCAGCACCAUUUGCAGGAAUGGAAGAGUGAUACAGUAUAAAGGAUUGAAAAUUUCCAGCAGCAGGACAGCAUCAUCUAGUGGUGUGAAGUCACACGUGCCUUUUCUUUUUUUUUCAUAAGUUUUCAUAAUUUUCUUCUUGGAGAUUUUUGUCAUCUUUGAGUUUCCUUUGUGAAAAGAUGGUGAAGAAAUGGCACGUGUUUUCCCCUUGAAAUGAAAAGUGGUAGGAGGUUGAAGAUAUUCACGUGUCGUAAUAUAUUACUAGUAUAUUGUGAUAGAGUUUGUUAAAUUGCACCCCUUAAUAUGUUAAGUGUUCAUUUUCAUAUUAAAUGCCCCUUAGGGUAGUAUCUCACUGGGCUACGACAG